AUGCCCGACGGCGGCCCACGAGGCGGCGUUGAGUGGCCGAGCAGAAGCCGCCUGCCGAGCCCUGGCACAGAGGAGCUGCCGCUGCCCGCUGCACCCAUGGCCCAGGUCCAAGCGCCGCCGCCGCCGCCCUCUGGCCGCGCCGCCGCCCAUCGGGAUCUCGCUGCAGUGCUGCCCUCCCCGCCGCCGUUCGGUCCCCCGCCGAAUCCUGCUGCUACCGCCGUCGGGUCGGACCGCCGCCUCCAGUCCCCGCCGAAUCCCGCCACCGCCACCCUCGGGUCGGACCUCCGCCUCCGCCGCACCUUCGGGUUCGCGCCACCACCUCCGCCCUUGGGCUCACGCCACCGCCGCCGCCCCUCGCAGUCGCCACCAGGGCUCGCUGUAGCCACCUCUCGGGCCUCCGCGCCGCCACAGCCGCUACUGUGCCUCCCCGCCGCUGCCACCUUCGAGGCUCGCCGCUGCCGCCCCUCGCAGUGGCCGCUGGGGUUCGCCGCAGCCGCCCCUCGGACCUCCUGCUGCCGCAACCGCUCCUCGUGCCUCCCCACCGCCGUCGCCCUCGAGGCUCGUCGCUACCGCCCCUCGCAGUCGCCGCUAGGGCUCGCCGCAGCCACCCCUCGGGCCUCCAGGGAUGUGGCCGUCGACGCCUCCAGGGCGGCGCUCCGGUGGGCGCUCGCGAGCGCCCGGCGACCCCUGGCUGUCGCGGCACGCGGACCCGGUGCAGCUCUUCCUCGCCGGCGAUAG